AUGAAGCUAUCUCUUCUGUCGACGGUGGCGGUGGUCGUGUCGAGUGUUGAGGCUGCGACGCUGAAUGUUGGGUCGGGGAAGACUUAUACGACGGUCUACCCAGGCACCUACAAGGAGAAGCUCACCAUCUCCAAAGACAGCAUCACCAUCAAAGGCUCCGCCUACCCCUCGACCAACCCCUCCGCCAACCUCGCCCUGGUAACCUACGCCACCUACGCCAGCGCCGUCGGCAGCAACGACGCCUCGGCCACGCUGCUCGUCAACAGCAACAGCUUCAAGAUGUACAACAUGAACAUCACCAACAGCGCCGGCACGGCCUCCCAAGCCGUGGCCGUCUCCGCCCGCGGCCUCUACGGCGGCUUCUACGCCUGCGCGUUCAAGGGCUGGCAGGACACGCUGUACGCCCACACCGGCUCGCAGUUCUACGGCCGCUGCUACAUCGAGGGCGCUGUCGACUUCAUCUUCGGCACGACCGGCCAGGCCUGGUUCCAGGGCUGCACCGUCGGCGUCAUGCGGAGUGGGUCGGUCGUUACGGCGCAGGGCCGGGACGCCUCGAAUACGGAUGGCUUCUUUGUCUUUGACAGAGCGGAAUGGGGGGAGAAAAGUAAGCUCGUCGUCGGCGCCGGCGGAGCAACAGCUGCCAAAGGCACCAGCUACCUCGGCCGGCCGUGGGGCGACUACGCGCGUGUCGUCUUCCAGAACUCGAACCUUGAGAAAAUCAUCGUGGCCGCGGGCUGGAUGCCGUGGAACGCGGCCCAGGUCCUCACUAACGUCUACUUUGCCGAGUAUGCGAAUUCCAACGCCGCGGGGACGCGGGUCGGCUGGGCCAAGGCCCUGAGUAGUGCGUAUAGCAUCGGUACCAUCUUGCCGACGUAUAGUAGCUGGGUUGAUAAGGUGUUCUUGGGAGUUGUUGCGCCAUGA